GCUUGCCCAGCAGGCAGCCGUCCACGAGAUUGUUCGCAUCCUGGGCGAGUACGACUGGAAAAAUCGACGACUACAAUCAGUUCGUCGAAGUCUGCCUCGCUCGCCGAGGGGCGUCGUCAGCACCAGCUCAAAGGUGCCGACGGCAAUGUCGGACGAGGACCUCAGGCAACCGAGGAAGACGGCCAAGCGUCGAGGGCAGUCGACGAAGUCUGCGAAGGGCGCCGACGAUCCUACAACAAAGGAUCGUCGGGCGUAUCUCGAUGCCAUCACCGGCGUCAUGGAAUAG